CCCUUCGCGCAGUCGCGAGCGUGGUGAGUGAGGGGACGUCGCCAUAUUGUUAGGGAUCUUAUUGGGGGUUUUUUUAUACUUGAAAAAUAAUAGUUUUGAAGAUAAUCUGCCACUUUAGGUUUCGAAUUUAUAUAGAUCCAGCAGCGCUAACGGAUUUCUUUCAUAUCACCUGACGGACAAAUUAUCAACGUCGUUAGCGUAACUUCUAACGUUACCUAAACAUGUCUGGCGGUGUAAUUCGAGGGCCUGCAGGGAACAACGACUGUCGGAUUUACGUGGGUAAUUUACCCCCCGAUAUUCGCACCAAGGACGUAGAGGAUGUGUUUUAUAAAUACGGAGCCAUUCGGGAUAUCGACCUUAAAAACAGAAGAGGCGGUCCACCGUUUGCAUUCGUGGAGUUCGAAGACCCGAGAGAUGCUGAGGAUGCUGUAUAUGGACGAGAUGGCUAUGACUAUGACGGCUAUCGUCUUCGAGUGGAGUUCCCAAGAAGUGGCAGGGGAGGUGGAAGAGGUGGUGGUGGAGGUGGUGGUGGAGGUGGUGGCGGCGUUGGAGCUCCCAGAGGCAGAUAUGGCCCUCCAUCCAGGCGUUCGGAGUACAGGGUCAUAGUGUCAGGACUUCCUCCUAGUGGCAGCUGGCAGGACCUUAAGGAUCACAUGCGUGAAGCAGGUGAUGUAUGUUAUGCUGACGUUUUCCGAGAUGGCACCGGCGUUGUGGAGUUUGUUCGCAAAGAAGACAUGACCUACGCCGUUCGAAAGCUGGAUAACACUAAGUUCCGGUCACAUGAGGGGGAGACGGCUUACAUCCGCGUAAAGGUGGAUGGCCCGCGCAGUCCCAGUUAUGGGCGCUCGCGCUCACGCAGCCACAGCAGGAGUCGCAGCAGGAGCAACAGCCGCAGUCGCAGCUACUCUCCACGCCGCAGCCGAGGAUCACCACGUUACUCGCCCCGCCACAGCCGCUCCCGUUCCCGCACCUAAACAUCCACAUUCCAGCUAGUUGGCUGGCCACAAUCAUAUACACCCUGUGUCGCCCUCUAUUGGACCCACUGUUGUACUUCAUUGCUCUCUUGACAUGUUUCGUCUCUCCAUUUCCCCCAGUUUGCUAUCUCUCAUCUUUGGUCUGUUAGCUUUUUGUUUUUGUUUUUUCUUUUUUUUAUUACUUGACUGUCAUUUUGCUAAUGACAGCUACAUGUAGCUAAGUGGAUGUUCCCCUUUCUCCUCUCCCCCCCCCCUUUUUUUUGUUGUUGUUGUCGUCUCCUAUCCCAUGACCCUGUUGUGUGUUUGUCUUGCAUUCCCAUUUUAACUGGAUCUUCAUACUCGUCCUUGUACUGUAUUUGGCACAAGGGAAAUGUUGAAAUGCUUUAAAUAGUUGUAUGUGGGAUGGAUUAAUUGCUACUGUUUUAUUUUGUUAACAAUGCUUCAUUAUUGGCUUUUUCUGGGGUGGGAGUAUUUUGUUGGAAAACUGUUCUACUUUUACCUUUUCAUGUCUUUCUAUAGACAACAGAAGAGCAGGAUUAAAGAAAGCUUUGGAAUACAGGAUUUUGAAGCACAGUUCAUUCAUAUUAGGAUAUUUGGAGGAGGAGCAGGCAUUUCAUUUAAGGAGGCAAUGGUAUGACGGCAAGCCGCUUUAGUCACCUUCAAAAAGGCAGUUGUUGUUUUUCAACAGACUUCCAGUAACCUGGAUUGUCUUAGUUUCGUAACACAUUAGUUUUGCUUUGCCAUUCUUCCUCUCUUCACGGCACUCCCCUUCCCCAUUUAAUUUACCUUUUCUUACUGGUCAUUGCUGCUAAGCAUGCAUGUGUACUGUCUGGAUGUUGCAAUGCUUGUGCGUACAUUAAGACAGCAUUGUUUUUGUUUUUUUGGGGGGUGUUUCGUUUUUAAAUAAAAAAAAAACAUUUUGCCUGUUGUCCAAAAUGUACUGGGAUUUGGCCACUAUUGAUCUCCUAUGUAGACUUAUCACUAGACAAGAUAAAGGCUUGCCAUGUGCAGUUGUUCUCAUGUAAAUUGUGUAUUUGUCAAGAGAAAGUGUCUGUUUUUCUCUAGGUUAGUUUUGCUCGUUUUCUUCUUCUUCAAUGAAAUAAGCACAAUUUAAUGUGUUUAGGAGGUGCUUUAAAUUUCUUCCGGAGCAUAUCAUAGUCUGGUAUCCUUUUUUUGUCAUUUACACACACAAAAAAAUAAAUAAAUACCGCUCCUAUGAUCAAUUUAUAGAAGCUUUAAAUGAUAGAAGCUCUUUAUUUAGCUGUGAUUCUAACUUGUUACCUCCCUCUUUUUGAUUUUGCUGGUAUUUAAAGGUUUGGAUUGGAGGAGGGGCUCACUGGGUCCCGAUCCUUGGAGCCGGAUCAUUGGAUCAGUUCAGGAUCAGGAGCAGAAUUAGGCUUAGGAUAAGGAUGGAUACAUACAUGGAGCGGGAUCAAUUUACCGGGAGCGGGAACCAUAGGAGAGGAUCCCAACCCCAGCCCCGCAUUCCCCCCACCAAACCACAGUUAAAGGAUACUUGACGUCGUAAUUGGCUUCUCUAGAACCAAAUUAAUAUUUUUUCUUUUUCCGUGGAGCCCAAAUGAUGCGCGCGCAGAAGGGAUCCAGGUGCCUCUUUUGUUUUUGUGAGAUGAGUUUUUCAGUAUAAACAGGAGCAGAGCAAGGAACCAGAAGGCUGGAUCAGUUUGGAUGGAAUCGGCAUGAGGAGCGUGGUAAAUAGAGGGGAAUUAGUGGGAGGGAGGGAUAAUAGGCACUUUUUGAGGGGGAUGCAGUAGUUUAUUUAGGGUUUCAAAAAAUUACAUUUCAAAUAACAUUUGUUGGCAUUUGCUGUGUUGGCAGUGGUGUUUCUUUGCCCCCACAAUUGACUACUUUAUAUUUCUAAAUUGUAGUGUUUUUUUUUUCUCUCUCUUUAACCCUUCUUUAAAUAAAGACUGAAUGUUCAAUUAAA